AUGGGCGAUGCCUUUCAGGCCGAGGUCUCUGUUGCGUGGUCCCAGACUUGCUGGACGCGCGCAGCGGCCUAUGUCCGACUGCAGACUGCCGCCGAGGUAGCCAACGCGCUGGGCAUUGUCAAGGAGACGGGGACCAAGUUCGCGCUGCGUAGCACGGGGCACAACCCCAACGCAGGCUUCAGCAGCGCUGGCGACACGGGUGUCGUGCUCGACCUCCGCAACUUGGCCUCGAGAGAGCUAGACGCAGAGGGUAUUGCCAAGGUCGGCGCUGGCAACACCUUUGGCGAGGUGUACGCCUGGCUGGCCGAGCACGAUCGUUCGGCCAUCGGCGGGCGAGAUGAGCAGGUCGGCGUCGCGGGCUUCCUGCUGGGGGGUGGCAUGGGAGCUUUCCCAAACCUGUACGGGUUUGGGGCGGACGGCAUCAAGAGUGCUGAGGUAGUUCUGGCAGAUGGCCGCAUCGUAAACGCCAACGCGCAAGAGAAUCAAGACCUCUACCGUGCUCUCAAGGGUGGGGGUUCGAACUUUGGUACACAUGGCCCUAAUGGUGAUACAGGUGUCGUCACGAGGUUCGAUCUGUACACGUACCCGUUGCUCAAAAUCCAAUACACCAUCAACCUCUAUAAUCCGCAGGACUACGUGGCCAUCAUUGAUGCCACGGUCAAAGUGCAGGAAGCCAUGGAAAAGGAUACCAAGAUUGGCUCCUUCACCAACUUCAACGCCCAGUUCGUUGCCGUCGGGUUGCUGCACGCAGGCACUUCCUCCGAACGGCUCGACGCGUUUCAGCCGUUCUGGGACCUAAACAGCCUGAUUACCACUGCCUGUCCUACGACGGAGGGCACUCUGCUUUCGCUCGCCCAGACGGUGUCCACGCGGCACCAGCAAAAUGACGGGAAGCGCCGUAUCUACUCCGUCACCACACGGGUAUCGCGAGAGUUAUACGGGGGCAUAUACCGACUCUACCGGGAAGCCGUGAAAGAACUCCCCGAAGGUUAUGUCCUUCACUUCACGGCCCAGCCUGUGGGCACGGCUGCCGUGCAAGCUGGCGAGGACCGAGGCGGCAACUCGCUGGGCCUCGAGAAAACUCCGCAAUGCUGGUGGGUUUUUACCUGCGAGUGGGCGAGGAAGGACGACGACGCGCCCGCUGAGAAGGCCCUUGGCUUCCUCGAGGAGAAGGUGGAGGCGCUUGCGCGGGGGAAGGGCCUGCUGCUCGCCUACAAAAGCGCCAACUUUGCCACGGGUCACCAGAAGGUUCUGCACAGCUACGGGGCUGAGAAUCUGAGCAGGCUGAAGGAGACGGCCGCAAAGUACGACCCAGAGGGCUUUUUCCAGAAGUUGCAGUAUGGAGGGUUCCUGCUGCGCGACAAUGCUUGA